AUGUUCCGAGCACUCGUUCGGCCGCUCCUCAUCCUCUGCACAUUUGAAAUACUGGAUGCCUGUAUACGAACAGUACCCACACCAAGUCCCGGUACUACAUGCACAUGUACAGCAGCCCAAAUCACAUUCACCCCCGCACAGGCAAAUCGAGCCGGAUCGAUUGAUUCUUCUUUCACUGGUCCAUCAGCUGAUGGAUGUUCGCUGACAGCACAAUGCUUGGGUGACCCGGGGAUGGUGGCUUUCAUGCAGUUUAACACAAAUCAAGGAGGGCCUGCGGAAAAUGCCGCCAUGACCCAAAAUGUCGAGGCGCCACUUGAAUGCAGAAAUGGACAAUGGUUCUACCGUGAUCGCCAAGUCAACGAGGUUAACUGCCAGCAGGCGGCAAACGGA